AUUUAUGCUGCAGUCUCACUCCAAAGAAUCCUUAUACUUUUGUACUCUUCAGGAUGUGGGAAUUGUUGAACGCGAAUCACUGUGCUGUGUUAGGCUUCAUUUAACCAUUACUGUACACCUGUCGGCGUGUUUAACAGUGUUCCAGUGGAUGUACUGCGCCCCUAGUGGUCUACUGUUGUAAGUAUGCUGGGUACCGCUAUGGGCGUAUUCAAGCUACGGUGGGCGGGGUUUUAAUAACAGUGUUGCCAUGACGACAGUAUACACUUCACCUCGAUUCCCCCAGGUUUCAGACAGUGGAGAUAUUUAAACUGUUCUUGUUUUCACUGAGGGAAUUCUAUGCUGAUAUAAGAUGACCUAAAUCUAACAGUGUUGAAGUGUAUUCUCUGUUUAUUGUGAGGAAGAGCUUCAUAAAAUGAGAGGAUAUCUUAAAACUUUAAACUGGAUGUUUAAACUUCAGCCCAAGAGCACUACGGUGGGAAGACACAGGGAUUCAGAUCUCUGCCUCCAGAAUGGCGGUGUGGAUGAACACCAUGCUACUAUUGAAUGGAAUGAGAUAAAGCAUUGCUAUGUUCUUACUGACCUAAACUCUGCCCAUGGCACUUAUGUCAAUGACUGUCAAAUACACAAUGCAACAGUGUGUCUUACACCAGGAGAUGAGUUACACUUUGGCUACGGAGGUUCAGCCUACAAGCUCUUAGUGGAUCCUGCAGUUCCACUCCCAGUUCUGCCUAACCAGUCUAACGGUUCUCCAGCUGGAGUAAGAAAUCAUGCUGUGCCUUCUUCUGCUACUCCCCGUCCUCCUUGCAAACCUCGGCCUGCAAGUGUAGGACCUAAACGUAGCAGUUUGGGCACAAAUGUGUCAGAGUGCACUGUCUCGUCUCAUAGACCAGGAAGUGGGCCCAGCAGCAUAGGAAAAGGUCUUAUUUUUAAAAAUGCAAGCUGUCAAAACAUGCAGGACUUAUUACACGACAAGGAAGAAUGCUGGGCAAGGUGUAAGGAGGAACAGAGUGGUGUGCUGGGGUCUCAGAGUGAAGUUUAUAGGAAGGAGUGUAUGAUCUCAGCCUUGAAGGAGGAGGUGUCAGCACUCCGGCUACAGCUCUCUCAGAACAACCAGAAUGACCCAGACAUCAAAUAUAAGCUGCACAACCUAGCCAGAGACAUCCAGGAAAAAAAAGAAGAGAUCCAACAGCUAAAGGAGCAGAUGAUGGAGAUGAGUGCAAGAACUGGUGAACUAAAUAACCAGGCAGUAGCAGAGAGAGAUCAUAGAAUCAGCAAUCUCCAAAAACAGCUUGAGAAGCUGAAGAGUGAAAGCAGAGAAUCAACAGCACAGAUCAACAGUGUGCAAAAGGAUCUGUUGGCUCGGGAGAAACAGGCAUUAAAACUGGCUGCUGAGGUCGACAGUCUCAGAAAAGAAGCAAGACACAAGGAUGCUCAGCUUAGUAACAUGGCAAAUAAGCUGUCAAAGCUGAAAGAGAUUGAAAAGCACCAGGAGGAGUUUCUUGCCAGGGAAAAAGAGGUGGAAUCCCUCAGAAAGACUGUGGAGCAGAUGGAUAUGACUCUGAGAGAGAAACACAAAGAAAUGAAUCAGCAAAAUGCGGAAAGAGACUUACUCAAACGUAGACUGGACCAAAAGACACAGGAGCAGAGUACUCUACAGUUUGAGAUGAGCAAACUGAAGCAGCAGCAGCAGCAAACACUCCAGAGAGAACAAAAAGCUCAAUCAGAACUAAGACACACACAAACAAGGCUUGAGAACAUUCGCAGUCAGAUCAUGAAACAUGUCCUUGUUACGUCAGAAACAGUUUCAGAGCAAGAGUUAUUAGAUCUUUUGUCAGAGUUAAGAAAACAGAAGGACAUGAAUAACUCCCGCGUGGAGGAACUAGAGCAAAAGCUAGAAGAACGCAAUGUGAACCAGAGGGUGGUUGAAGAAGAUACUGAGAAACUCAAGGCCAGACUUGCUGAAUUUCAGACUAAUGUACAAAAUGUAUACUUGUUGGAUGCCAUGCAGAGGCAAAUAUCUGCUCUCCAAAAUGAAAAUGUGUGUCCUGCAGUCAGUUGGGUUCAGGCACACACACUUUCUAUAGUGAGCACUCUACAUACACUCCUCGAAGACACAGCAGAUGCAAUGCUGGCAAUGGGAGUUGAGGUGUCAGAGAAGACUGGAGGAGUCUUGGGUGCUGUAAAAACUUUGUGCCAACAGUACAAGGAGGCCCAACUAAAGCUCAGGAGAUUACAGGCUAAGGAAAAACCAGCAAAGUUGGAGGACACCGUGAAACUGCAGCUGGAGAAAAUAAGCUCUGAUCUGGAUGCAGCCAAUAAAACUGAAGCUGUUUUACAUUCCGAAAUUGAGACUCUGGAGUUGAAGUGGCAUGCCAAGUUGGAGGUAGCAGAGAAAAUAGAAAUAGAACUGAGGGAGAAAGUUGGAGAAUUAGAGCUGCAAAAGGAGCAGUGGAGAGAGAAAGCAAAGGAGGGGGAGGUAAGAGAAGAUGAAUGGAGAAUAAGAGUAAAGGAGGCCUUGCAGAGAGGAACAGAGGAAGAGAGAGAAAGAUACAAAGUGGAGAUUGAGGAAUACAGAGAACAGGUGCGGCAACAUGCUCACACUAUCGUUGCCUUGGAGGAACAAAUGAGCUCAGCAAAGCAGAAAGCGAGAGAGAUGCAGGAACAGAGAGAUUCAGUAACACAACAGCUUAAAGAGGUGCUUGAUAAGAAGGAGGAUGUCAAACCCUGUGAGUCUUUAAUGCAACCAGAAGAGCUACAGCAGCUAAAACAGACUGUAACAUCCCUCAGGGCAUCACUUGAAGCUUCCCAACAUGAAGUGGUCAGGCAAGGGGAGGUCAUUACAUCUCUCAGUUGUGACCUGGCCCAUGCCCAUGCUCAACUCUCUGACAUCACAGGAGAACUAAGCGAACAACAGAAAAUUGAGUUGGAGGCACACAAAACUUUGGUAGUGGACCAGAGAAUGCAGCUGAGUAUGCUAACUGAGCUUCUCGAACAGAAAAAAGAAGAACUGAGGACAAUGACAGAGAAAUUGGGACAAGCAAAAGCAGAUUUGAAAGAAAGGACUAAGGACACAGGCCUUAUUCCUUUAACAACCCCAUACUGUAAGGACGUGGGCAUUAUGGUGAGUCCCAAACAUCAGCCUAAUCAAGUGUCUAAAUGCAAAGUUUGCCAUCAAAAAGAGCUGAUACAUCAGGGCAAAGCAAACCUGAGUGCAAUGAAAGAGAGAAUCAGUGCUGCAGAGCGGAAGUGGCCUUACAAGGUAUUGUCCCAGCAGAGGGAGCCACUGAAACAGAACCAAAAGAAACAAGCUCCAAAACAAAACUUCCUUCAGAGUGAGCCAUUAAAACAAGACCAAAAGAAACAAGCUUCAAAACAAAACUUCCUUCAGAGUGAGACAUUGAGUGGCUUUGCUUUCCCUGAGGCCCUGAGUGAAGCAGCACUGGAACGCACAGCAAGGCUGGACUUGUCUGAUGCUUUGGAUCUAAGUGAGAUGACAUAUGUGGAUCUGGCACGGUCUUUGUGUGAAGCUCUAGAGCUGAGCGAGUUGCAGCUUUCAGGAUGUGUUCCAUUGAAACACUUGCCACCAGAGGAGAGAGAGCACAUGGCCUCCCUCAGACAACAAGACUUGAAACUGUUACGACGCCAACUGGCCAUGCAGAACAACCUUGCCCAAAACAAAGCUCAGCUACUACAAGAGAGCCAGAGGGAGAUACAAACACUCAGCCUCUUUCCAUCUCACUCCUCUAGGGACAGCCAGGCCGCUGCGCAGCAGUUACAGAUUGAACUGAGUUCCGAGCUGGCUAAAAUGAAAUUAGAGACCAAUACGCUACGCCAGGCCCUAGAGGACACACAGACCCAGCUACAGCAUGGCACUAACCACAGGAAGAGAAUGGUUCUGAAAAUGGAAAAAGUGGAAGAGAGGAGUAGAAGAAUUGGGCAUCAUAACUGUAUACCAGAGAAUAACUUUGGCCGGGUAGCAGUCAUGAAGAGGUUGAGGAAGCAGGAGAGAAGACAGAAAGCAGAGGAUGAGAAGGACAUCUUGAUGAAUGGACACAAAGAACCGGAGAGCUGCAAAAUGGCUGCAGGGGUGGUUAGUGUGCAAGAGCAACAAAAAAGCAUUAAGCUCACUGAAGCUGACAUUAGUUCAGGUUAGGUCCUUAACAUGAAUGACUUUUAUAUACUUUACUUUUCUUUUGGCUUCUCCCAUUAGGGGUCGCCAUAGCGGAUCAUCCGCAUGUUUGAUUUGGCACAUGUUUUUACGCUGG